AUGGACUUUACCAUGCAUGGUGAGGAGGUUGCCCUUCCUUCUCAACAAACCGACGCGGCCGAUGAUGCCACACGGCCGCCAGACUUCUACUUUGAACCCUCUGAAAUGCCUGCCUUCGACGAGCGGUUAGAGAUUAUGUCGACCCUUAUGACAACUUUACUUGAGCAUGGCGCUGAUCCUUAUGCGCUAUUUCGCCAGCCUAUGUACCGCUAUGAGUCGAUUCCCGUGUUUCCUGGGGAUGUGAAGCACCCGGAAUAUGAUGACGAUGACACAGACCUUCGAAGUUCGACCUUCGCUCGUCUCGGUAUCUUCGCGAAUACACUUGAGCAGGAGUAUGAGCGAAUUGGAAUACUAGGGGAGACUCAAGAAGCCGAUAUUUGUCAUCCCUACGAGUUUGAUGACGCUUUCAAAGAAGCUAUCCACUAUGUGCCUGAAAAUCCGCCUAAGUAUGGUGUCUGCAGCACAUUACACUGUCUACUUGAAGAUGGCGGGCUUUGCCAGCCAAUCUUUGACUUUCUCGGUGAUAGCCUUGAUUUGAAACGACGGGAUCCCCAAGAUCGCACUUUGUUUCUCGCAGCCUGUCGAAGUAUUAUUGGCUUGGACGCUGCAGUGGACGGGCCAAAGGCCAAUCUAUAUGUAUCGGGGGGCUUGCCGAGCCUAUACCCUGAGCUAGAUAAGCCCUGGCAAGUCGAGCAGCAGCAAAAAUUCCCUUCCAUAUGUACUAGGCCUAUAUAUACUAGGCCGACCCUGCUCGAAUUCUUUAUAUUUCGCGGAGCCGACCUUCUUGCAGUGGAUAAGUACGGCCAGAAUGAGCACACGAUCUCGUCCCCGUACAUGACGAACGCAAACUCCUCGUGA